AUGCCUGCCUACCACUCCGUCUUCCUCGAGGAGCCCAACCAGCAGCUGAUCGGCAACUUCGCCCUCCUGCCGCUGCGCACACGGACCCGUGGCCCUGCACAGCAGCUCCCUGCGCUGCCCGCCGACGUCACCGAGCUCAGCAUCGACGCAUCACACGAGUCGUACGACCCGCUGGACGAGAUCCUCGCCCUGUUCCGCGCAAACACAUUCUUCCGUAACUUCGAGAUCAAGGGCCCCGCGGACCGCGUGCUGAUCUAUGGGAUUCUGUACGUGAGCGAGGUGCUGGGCAAGAUCAGGCCGGGCAUGGGGAGGAGGGAAGCCGAGAAGGCCGUCAUGAACCUCGCGCUCGACACCAACUUUGCGAUUCCCGGCGACGCGGGAUUCCCGCUGAACCAGGCGUUUGAGGCGCCGCCGGACAGGAACGCGGCCGAGGUGCUGCGCCAGUACAUUAUGCAGAUGCGGCAGGAGCUGGCCACGCGGUUGCUCAACAGGGUGUAUGCGGACGAGACGGGCGCGCCGAGCAAGUGGUGGCUGAGCUACACCAAGAGGAAGUUCAUGGGCAAGGCGUUGUAG